GCAACGUAUAUCUCCGUUUGGUGUGUCUUUAAGAGUCGUUGGUCGGUGUCGGUCCUCACAAACCAACGGAACCGGAUCGGUACCGAGCCUGCAGGGAUGGCCGGUUCGUCUUUAACCGCCAGGCUGCGUUGUUUGGACCUCAGGUUGAGUUCAGGAGCAGCCAGGACGUUCCGUGAAAAAGGGUUCAGACCCAGCGCCUUGUAUCCAGGUGAAAGUUCAGUAGCUUUGUUCAGGCAGAGGCCGUUCCUCCAGAGGAUCAUAAGCAGAGGACUUUUCUCUGGUGGUGGAGGUGAGUCCGCACAGCCGCAGACUCUGCAGGACGUCGCCAAGGGCCUCAGAGAGCGGCGGUACCGAAGGGUGGUGGUGAUGGCCGGGGCGGGGAUCAGCACUCCGAGUGGCAUCCCAGACUUCAGGUCUCCAGGCAGCGGUUUGUACGACAACCUGCAGCAGUACAACCUACCGUAUGCCGAGGCCAUCUUUGAGAUUGGAUUCUUCCAUCGAAACCCAAAUCCCUUCUUCGCCCUGGCCAAAGAGCUGUAUCCGGGUAACUACCAGCCCAACCUGACGCACUACUUCGUCAGUCUGCUCCACAGGAAGGGCCAGCUGCUCCGGAUGUACACGCAGAACAUCGACGGGCUGGAGAGACUGGCAGGGGUUCCUCCGGAGAUGCUGGUGGAGGCCCACGGGACGUUUGCCACGGCCACCUGCACCUCCUGCCUGCGGAAAUAUGACGGCGAGGAUCUCCGCCCGGCGGUGAUGAGUGGGACGGUCCCUCGGUGCCCCACCUGUAAGGGCGUGGUGAAGCCAGACAUCGUGUUUUUCGGCGAGGAGCUUCCACGGCAUUUCUUCAAGUACCUGACAGACUUCCCGCUGGCCGACCUGCUGGUCAUCAUGGGAACGUCGCUGGAGGUGGAGCCGUUUGCCAGCCUGGCGGGAGCCGUGCGCAGCUCCGUGCCUCGCCUGCUCAUCAACAGGGACCUGGUGGGGCCGUUCGCGUGGGGCCAGCGGCCUCAUGACGUGGUGCAGCUGGGCGACGUGGUCGGCGGCGUGAAGGCCCUCGUCGAGGCUCUCGGCUGGACUGCGGAGCUGGACGCUCUGAUGGCGGCCAGCGAUCAGAAAACGCGUUCAUGAUUGUUUCGGGUUUUUGUUCUGGGAACUUUUGGUCCUGCUAACGAGCUGUUAACGAGCUUUUCAUCUCGCCAAGUUUAGCUCAUGUUUUCAGGUCAGCACACUAGAAACUGAGCAGAAUCCAGCAGAACUCUGGUUUCUAUUUGGUUUUUACUUUUUGCCUUCUCUCCCAUUGCUGUUUUAAUUAAUUGCCAAACGGUUGCUGUAUCGUCCUUCAUCCAGGUUUCUGUUUGGUGUUAAGAAGUGUUAGAUUUAAAAGUCUUGAAUAUGUUCAGAUUUAGUUUUUAUAUUAGUUAUAUAUUAAAUGUCAAUUUUCACAGUUUAUUUUUAACCAAACACAAGUUUCUGGCUUUUUGUUUGUGUUUAGGGCAUUAAAAUCAUGAAUGUUUCAGCUCUUUCAUCAUGUUUGUAUCGAACAAGGUUUGACCUGAAGACAAAGGUUUAAAUUAUUUGCUAAACCUUU